AUGGGAAAAUUUGAUCUACCUAAUAGCCAUGUACUUCAACAACCUCAAUAUCCAAAUUUCAACGCCAAUUCAACACCAUCUGCAACAUUUUCUCAAAGCUCUCCAUUGUCAUCCAUGGCCUCUCCUUAUCACUAUACGCCCGUCACUUCAUUGUCUCCAAAUGAACCACUUCACGAGUUUCUUUCACCAGUACCUCAAACGGCUCAAACUCAUGACUCAGGACUGUACAAGUGUACAACCAUACUGAAACUCAGCCAAACUCAUUUCCCUAACAUUAUUUGA